AUGAACAACAAGUUGUCAGUGAAACUCGAUGGUGACAAACAAGUUCAGGAACUAGCUCAGGGAUUUCAUGUCUUUACGAAUCUUGCAAAGAGUGGCCAACAGAAAAAUACUGGAAUGGUGGUACAACGAGGAAACAGCGCCAUGUUAGAAGCUUUGGAAUGA